CCGUCUCCUAGCAACAUUCCGCCGCGCUGAGCGGCCUCUCGCGAGCGCCUUGCGUCACAUGACCCAAGGCGUCAUAUUCGCGCGCCACCUCCGUACGACAGUGACCCCCUCUCUUUUUUUUUGUUUCUUGUUUUAAUCCGAAUAAUUCACUUCCGGUUUGGGCCUUGGACGGUUGGUGGGACCGUUAGUCGAGGGGGGAAGGGCGCGUGGGUUGUGAGCGCGAGUUCUCGCGGUGGCGGUUGUCAUGGCAGCGGCUGCGGGGCCUGGAGGAGGCGAAGCGGCCUCGGCCUCCGCUGCCGACGAAGGCGGCGGCGGCGGCACGGACAGGGGGAGCCCCCCCGGCUCGGACCCACGACGCCUGGGGCCGGGGGGGCGAGAGGAAGAGGAGGCGCCGGGGCAAGGCAGCGCGGGGGGCCCGGCCAACCAGAGCCGCGCGCCCUCGUCGUCGCCGCCGCCCCGCGAAGCCGAGGUCACCGUGGAGAUCGGGGAGACUUACCUGUGUCGGCGCGGGGACGGGACGUGGCGUAAGUACGUCUCCAGGACAACAGGAGCGGUUCCCUUAUCUUCACCCCCCCCCAACCAAAAAAAUCACCUCCUGCUCGUCCCCAGGACAGUGGUGGCUCCGUCCAGGUGCCGUUGGUCUCCCCGUCAGCCCCAUCCAGCAUGGCCAGUGGUCAGGGAUGAUGGGAGUUGUAGUCCAGCAGCAUCUGGAGGGGGCCACAAGCUCCUCGCUUAUGCUACAUCACCGAGGCUUCCAUGACCCUGCAUUACUCCUUAUGACAGCUGUUGUUUAUUCAAAGCUUUUCUACUACCGGCAUUGUUUAAUUUUGAUUGUUUUAAACGUUUCCAAGGGGGGAGGGAGCCUAAUGAAACCCAUGGCAAAGUAAUAUCGCACAGCAGCAAAAUGGAACAAACUAGAAUGUGUUGCUAUAAAAUGCUCAAAACGCUUCACCCAAUCAAGCACAAACAUGAGGUCACUACUAAAAGGUUCUGUUCCUGGUGGACAUAGCCGUCACCUCAGAACAAGCAGCAGGAUGUCAAAAUGAUGACCUGUGGCUGUGAUCCUGUGCCCACUAACGUAAGAGUAUACCUCAUUAAAUGCUAUUGGACAUCCCUUUGGGACGUACACAGGUUUAGCCAGUGCAUACAGGAUUCUAGUUCUUCCUGUGUUGUAUCAUCCCUUAAAGCAGCCUUUUCAGAGAGUACUGUAGAGAUUUAUGUGAAGACUUCUCUUUGCAUACCUGCACUCCUGCAACAUUGUGGCUCCCAAAAUCAAAGGUAUAUAGGUUGGCUCCUCUUCUGGAGUGCCCAAUCUGUAUUUUCCCUCAGUGUUUUUGCCACAUUUGGAUCUGAAAGAUUCUUAUUGAAAUAUUUCUUAUUGAAAUAUUUAUUUCUUACUGAAAUAAAAAUGGACUAAGGCACUUUGGCAUACUUCCAUUUUGUGCCUAUUACUUGGAAACUUUUACAAUUCUGUGAUAUAUUGAGCUCUAUUGUCCAGUACAGAAUAGUAUAUUUGGGCUACUCAAAUGGGCUCUUGCUUUGACAAAGCAUGCACACCUGCACCCUUGACCAACUAUUACAGGUCCUUUCCGCUUUUGCAGCUUAGCUGGUUGUAAGGAGUUUGGCUGAGGUGUGUCAGAGUGAAACACUGUUAUUAGAUUCUUUUUUAGUCUUUCCUAAUUUGAGAUUAACCAUAUUGAGUGUUGACUUUCUUCCAGAUUCUGCAGAAGUGAUCCAGUCGCGGAUCAAUGAGCAAGAAGCCAGGGAGGAGUUUUAUGUGCACUAUGUUGGGUGUAAGUAUCUUUUUGAGGUUCUCUAUGUCUGCUGAUGUGGUGAGGAGGAAGUGUGAGAUGCCUUUAUGGUCCAGAGGUAGCCCACAUGAUGUCCCCCAGAUGUUGCUGGACUCCCAUGCUGGCUGGGGUUGAUGGGAGUUGUAGUCCAACGACAUCUGGAGGACACAACACAGGCUACUCCUGGAAUAAGAGUAGGUAAUUCCUUCCAAACCCAUUCCAGAGUCCCUGUUACGUUUUACACAUGCAACAAGACUUCUCAAAUGUUGAAACUUAUACUGAAAUUACAUAUUUUUCCAAGUAUCUUACACUGAGCCAAAAAAUUACCAGCAGCCUAGAUGAAUAGACAGAUUUUUAAAAAUACUUGUUUUGUGGAGGUUUCCUAAAAAUAACAUCAUCAUCAUCAUUAUUAUUAAUUUGCCCAGGAAGGGAGUGAAGUAUCAAAUAAGGAGGUUAGCAGUUGCACUCCUGUGUUUUAUGCCCUUUCUGCAAGAGAAAAAGACAGAAAAUUUUCUUGAAUUUACAUCCACUGCUGUCCUGAAUUCAUUGCAACUAGUGUUAAAUGCCAUGUUCUUAGAGGUGAUCUCUUCAGUCACCUGAACAGAUAAAACACCUGAGGACUAUUAGAGUGAUACUGCUGUUAGUAGGAGGGAAAAUGAUCUCCAGUUGUUUAGAUCAAGGAAGGAUGGAAUGGGAGAUGUUUUAACCUUCAGCUGAAUAACGUUUGAAGAAGCAGCUUCGAACUCUUUUUGUGAUUGGUGGAAGAUCCAAGACUGAUACAUAUUUCUUCUCCUAAUUGCAGUCAACCGGCGUCUGGAUGAGUGGGUGGACAAAAACCGCCUGGCCCUCACCAAGACAGUAAAAGAUGCGGUACAGAAGAACACGGAUCAGUACAUGAAUGAACUGUCUGAACAGCCAGAGCGCAAGAUCACUCGGAACCAGAAGCGCAAACAUGAUGAAAUCAACCAUGUGCAAAAGGUGAUGCCAGAGGAUACACGGCUGGGGAGAUUGAACUGUACUCUACUACAGAGUGUCGGUUCCAAGGCUGGAAAAACCCAGGAUGUCUGGUUGUACCUCUGGAGCUAUUCCUAACAUCAGUUUGGCACUAGGAGAUAGCUUUUUUAGGAAGUCUUGUCCAAUUAGGAAUUGAACAUUUGGCCACCUUGCUGUCUUUUUCCAUUGCAGACGUAUGCUGAGAUGGAUCCCACCACAGCAGCUUUGGAGAAGGAGCACGAAGCAGUGAGUAUUCACUAGCACUUGACCUGUCUCGUUGCCAAAAUUCAGUAGAGAAAAGAGCACAGCUGUGUUUCGUGGCUCCAGCUAUAUUUCUGUGUCCUCAGAUCACCAAGGUGAAAUACGUAGACAAAAUCCAUAUUGGGAACUAUGAGAUUGACGCUUGGUAUUUCUCGCCAUUCCCAGAGGACUAUGGGAAGCAGCCCAAGCUGUGGAUCUGCGAGUACUGCCUCAAGUACAUGAAAUUUGAGAAGACUUACCGCUAUCAUCUGGUAUGCAAAGGGAAUGGGUGCUGUUGGGGGUGUGGGGAUAGAGGUGUAUGAGUAGACCUGCCUCCUUAGUUAAUGUUUUUAUUGAUGGACCACCCUGAAGAUAUCAAGAGCUUCAGAAUUAAUUUAUUUAAAGUAUUUCUAUGCUUUUCAGGUGGACUUCACAAAGCAGUUUAAAUAAAAAUAGUAAAACAAUAAAGAUCCAUAACAUUUGAAUAAUAAAAAUUAAAAAGACAUGGGUGAAGGAAACCCUUUUUUAAAAAGCCCGUUUCUGCUGCUUUUUUCUUCCAUCCGUAGAAGAUGGUUUGUCAGAAGCUGCUGCACUGGUAGUCGAGGAAGGGAGAGACCACAACGGGGAGCUGGAUGUUGAUAGCUUACCAAGCUGUUGGUUUUCCCCUCCCUUCAGAAGGAUAUUAUUCAAUUUCAAUAAUUCUAAUACCUAUUUAUUCAUGUGUUACAACUAGGAAAACUAAAUGAGCAGUACCAAUCUCAAAUAAGAAAAGUAGAGGCUGUUGGCCUUACCAGAACCCAGACAAUUGGGGAAAUUGUUGAAGCUGUAUUGAGCAGCCCAAGCAGUGGAAAAAAUGCAGAUUCAUCUCUCUCUCUCUCUCUCUCUCUCUCUCUCUCUCUCUCUCUCUCUCUCGUUCAGGGACAGUGUCAGUGGCGGCAGCCGCCAGGGAAGGAGAUCUACCGCAAAAAUAACAUUUCAGUGUAUGAGGUGGAUGGCAAAGAUCACAAGGUAGGGGUCCGAGCUUUUGUUUUUGUUGUCUGCUACAUCAGAAACCUGUUAGUUGCUAUCCAACCUAUCUUCCAAAUAAUUUCAGAGCCAUGCCUCUACAAAUAUGAGCCUAAUCUCUCCCAACGGGCUACGAAUAGUCAUUAACAUGUAAGCUCCUUCCAGAACUCCUCUUACUGUAUCUUUGUGAUUGAGGCAGCUUUUCGUUUCUUGAUUUGGGAAGACUUACAUGGGCAAGGUUGGAGCGCUCGCAUAUAGAAAAGAUUUCCUGAGAUUUCCAGUAAUGGGGCUUAGUGUCACUAUCUAUUCAGAAGGGAGUGAUCCAAUAUAGAAACAGCUUUACCCAAUCCUACUGGUCUCGUGAAAUUGAGGGCCAUCACUGCCUACGUGAUGAAUGGGAAUUUUAGGUUGCUUACACAGUGCUCAGUGAUAUCCUAAUUACAGGCAAGAUAAUAGCUGAGAGCAAAGAGCACCAAUAUUGUGAGAGAACAUUCACCGCAAGGCCUGUGAGGUAUGCCAGAGAACUUUUAACAUGGAAAUGGCCCAGAAGAUCCACUUUCUCAUGUAGAGCCCUGACUCUGACCCUUGGCUUGGUUCGUAGGCUUGAAAACAUCUAAGAGUACAGACUUUUGCAAGUUCAGACAUUGCAAUAUGUCCUCUUGAUUUAUUUUUUUUAUGUGCAUAACUUAAUAAAUUGGGGAGAUUUGAUCGCACUCUGUAACUUCAUUGAGGAUUUUCUUAGAACAAAGUUGCAGGUUGAAAUGAAAUAAUGUUUUCCAGGAAGAGGAGGUAUUUAAAGGUUUUGGGGGUAUCCUCCAUAGGGCACCUCUUUCCCUGGAUUGGGAAAUGAACUUACACUCACCGUGUUCUUCUUGCUGCUGUGCUCUAUUUAUUUACUGGUGUUUGCUUCUCUCCCCCAGAUUUACUGCCAGAAUUUGUGUCUCUUAGCCAAACUGUUCCUAGACCACAAGACUCUCUACUUUGAUGUGGAGCCUUUUGUCUUCUACAUUCUCACUGAGGUCGACAGGCAAGGGGCUCAUAUUGUCGGCUACUUCUCCAAGGUGCUGGCCUGGCCUAGGAUGAGUGUUGGGAGAGGGUUCUAGCUGAACUUUAGAAGGGGUGUGAAAAGGAGGAUCAGCAGUCAUGAUACUGCUGUUUUUAAAACUAGAUUCUGAAUCCAGUAAAACAUGAAAAUUCUCAUAUGUCUGUUUAUUUUGUAUUACUUAUUUUGCUUCUGCCAUGGAUGAGAGGAGGGCGAUUGUGUGCUGGAAAUCAUCCUCAUCCUCCUUUUGAGUUCUGAGAUAUCACCAAAGUUAUCUGUUUGCUAACAGACUCAAGAUAGUUCACAGUAUAAUGCCUUACAGUUGAAUAGAUGUAAUUCCAAAGAGACGAUGGGUGGGGUGAAAGAGGAAAAUGAGUGAACUCAAAUACUAUGGCCACUAGGGGCGGAAAGAUGCUAAGUGACACUUGUUUUCCGCUAGCCCAAUAGAAUAGCUUUGCUGUAUCACCUCUCUCACUAAUGUAACCGGGUGAAAUGGCUGCUGGUGAGAACAGAUCUUGCUUUCAAAACAGUGAAAGCUGUGGUACUUAGGAUGCAUGAAUCCUAUGCCCAGUACAAUAUUCCCUGCUCCCUCAUUUCACUUCUUUGUUUGAUUUUCUGCCGCCAGGAGAAGGAGUCACCAGAUGGCAACAAUGUUGCCUGCAUCCUCACCUUGCCCCCAUACCAAAGAAGGGGCUAUGGGAAGUUCCUCAUUGCUUUCAGUAAGUUUGAUUCUUUCAGUCAUGUGCAAUAACCACCAAAAGAAGUAGCUUCACAAACUCGCAAUCUCUUCCAGUUGCUGGAAAUGAGGAUUAGUGCCUUCACUUAACCAGAACAGACUAGAAGUAACUUGUGCAACAUGCGCCCUUGUAUUCCACUUCAGUUAAUCUGCUAUAAUUUGGCUUCCUCUGAUUCUGUACUGUAUCACCAGAUGGAAUAAUGUUUUAAACCGUAAUUGCUUUCAGAAAGUUAUAACUGCCUUAGAAUGUUUUUGUUUUUUGAAUAUAUAAUACUUAAUAGUUAAUCUGAAUUAGAACUUAGAAUUUCCACCCUUAAAAUUGCACUAACUAAACGUGGGAAGGAAUCUGCUCUUUUUAACAUGUUGACACCUCUCACACUCUUGGUUAAGUUAAAGGGUUUUAGGGGUAACUGAGUAUGUGCCCUAAGAUCUUCUGGAGGGCUCAGUUGAGAGAGAGCCUUCUUUACUGGGUCUGAGCUUUACCUGGGGGGAGAGGCUGCAAAAGCAUAGCUCUUGAGAUGUCUGAAUUCUGAGUUGUGACUGCUUCUUGACAUUAAUCCUAAAGCUCUUGUUCCUCAGGCUAUGAGCUCUCCAAACUGGAAAGCACAGUGGGCUCCCCAGAGAAGCCCCUCUCAGAUCUAGGCAAGUUGAGCUACCGUAGCUACUGGUCGUGGGUCUUGCUAGAGAUCCUCCGGGACUUCCGAGGUACCCUCUCCAUCAAAGACCUCAGGUGAGAAAGAAUCCAUCUUGCUAGUAAGAUGUGCUGUUUUGAGUAACAGUGCCCUCUAAUUCCUCAUUGUUGCUGAGAAGCACAUAUGCUUCUGUGAUAUUCUAUUAUGAGCAGUCCUGAGUGGUUUUCAUAUGACCUCCCAGUUAAAAUUGCCAGUCACUGACCUUGCCUUGUUUUUCACUCCCCUACCCAUUGCUUUCCCCCCACUCCCCGGGGCAGUCAGAUGACAAGCAUCACACAAAAUGACAUCAUCAGUACGCUGCAGUCUCUGAACAUGGUCAAGUACUGGAAGGGGCAGCAUGUCAUCUGCGUCACACCCAAGCUGGUCGAGGAGCAUCUCAAAAGUGCCCAGUACAAGAAGCCUCCCAUCACAGGUACCAUGGGAAGGGCAGUAGUUGUAUCCUAGACCUGGCGGUUAUUUACAGGAGUCUUUUAAUCAAAAGCAAAGAAUUGGCAGCCUAGUUCAAAUCAUUAUGUGGCAUAUAAGACCUGCCCAAACCCCACCCUCUUGGGCUGCAUCUUGGACCUUACUGUUGUCUUUUGAGUUGUCAGGUCACAAUGGUAGAAUUGCCCUCUCAGGGUUUUAGAGUCGCUAGAGCUUUUGAUUCCUUGCACACAGGCUGCAGUCCUCCAAACAUCCUGGUUUUGCUGACUUCCUUCCUAACAGUCUUGAACAGUCCCAGCUCUUUCUUUUUUUGCUCCUUUCUUCAGUUUCAUGUUUCCCCCCUACACAUUAAAUUUAUACAGCUGUUUUAUCUUAAUAUAUGAAGUGGGUGGGGGAGCUGCUACAAAGAGCACAGAAGUGUUUCUCCUUCCACCAGUGAUGUGUAAUUUUGGAGGCUUUCACUUCAGAACGUUGCCCUCUAACUUGUGGAGAUGGCAACAGGGCAGAGCUAGAGCACUUGCUUCUGUCUCUCUCCCACAUCUCUUCAAGUGUCAACAUGAAGACAGAACUCCUGAAGAGGACCAUUGUUUUCCCAGAUUCCUGCUUUUCAGCCUCUCUUGCUUUGCCACAUUUCUUUUAGUCUCUUGACCGCUCACCUGCCUCACCAUAGCAUAUAGCUUCUCCUUUAGUACAUUGAGAUAAUCAGAGAUGGGCUUGGUGCAUACUUCAAUUUCCUUCCAUUUUUCUUACACCUCAUUCUUAAUCUUGCCAAGUCUCACCUCAUUUUAGUCUCCUUGUCUCUGAGUUCCUCGUCCUUUUUGGCUUCCCUGUGACUUGGAACCUCCUCCCAGUUUUUGCCCUGCGCUGUAUGAGGUUUUAUUGCCAUUCAAACUGACAACCUCAUUUUCUCUCAGAAGUUGGACUGAAAACUGCUUACAUAAGGAGCUAAACAUUCCAUUCUUUGUCACUCCACCACCUCAGCCAGUCUCGUCAGCUGCUUCACUUUAACAAGCACAAUACAAUACAUAUGAGAGUAGCUUAUAUUGCAUGUCUGUCUGUAAGAUCACCAUAUAAGUAUGCACAUUUUGGGACAAAAGACAGCAAGAGAAUAUCAGCCCCCCCCCCAAUCUUGUUUCAAGUCUUCAAAAUAUGUGGAUGCUGUCUGUCUAUUUCAGAAACCAUAGAAUGGAGAUGUUUGUGACAAAGAAUUAACGUGUUUCUACUUGUCCCUUUCAGUUAAUACUGUAUUCUUUCCUGUUACAACUGUGCUGGGAAAUAGCAUGUCUAAUUCCAGUCCUUUCUGCUGUUAUAACAUUUGCAAUAAGACAUUCAUAUUCCUUGGAAGCUGAAUCACCAGUGCAACUUAAAUGCGGACAGGCUUAACUACUUUGCUUAAUCAAUUCUGAAUGCAAACUUUAUAGAGUAUUUGUCUCCCCUCUCCCCAUGUACAGUUCUCUACAUUUAAAUCUGUUCCCGGAAUAAUUGGGUAGUAUCCAACUAAAUAGAUCCACUAGCGCAAGGGCUUCCCUCUCCCCAUGCACCUUCCGUGCCCCCCUGAUUCUGUACUGGGGAUUCACCCUAACCCUCUGGAGCAGACAUGGGGAAGAGUGGAGAGAAGAGAGGAGGGGAAUAUCCUUUGUGCAGCCAAAUGCUAGUUGGAUACCACCCAUAUCCUGCUUUUGCUUUGUUCAUUCCGUCAUGGAGUGUGCCAGGCAUUGCUGAGUGCAAACACAGAACCACCUUGUCAGAGGUCAGGAAGUCAGAACCACUUUCAGUGGUUUCAGGUUUUGAUCCCUGCUGAAAGAAGCAUUGUUUGCCCCGGUGGGGCUGCUGACGUGCCAGUCAGUGCCAGUUAUGUAAGAGGAGCUGCAGACAGAGUGCCAGUUUCUCCUUCUGAGCCUCUCUCUUUUUUUAAAGGAGCUGCUCGCUGUCAGUUGUUGCAGAGGAGCAAUCUGCAGGGUGGGGCAUGAAGGGUGAUUAUCAGCCACUUUCAAGAUAAGCUGGAGUAUCAUUUGCUUCUCUGAAAUGCAGUUGUUUCCAGGAUGGGUAGAACAGCAAACAGGCUCUCAUAGAAGCUAAAAUGAAUUUGUCUCAGUAAUCAGUAUUUGCCUUUGUUACAAUCCCAAGGCAUCAUUUCAUUCAUAUUGGCAUUCUGCUGCUUGUUUUUCUGAAGAGCAUUAAAAAACUCUACUGGAAACAGUAGCGUUUUGAACUGGGAUAGCCUUUUUGAGAAGCUUGUGUCAGCAUUCUUAGCUGGCUAAAAGGCAGCACUGCUGCUUGUCUACCUGUCUCAAGUGCCUGCUCCACACCUAUUGACUUUGCUUUUCCCUCCCCUCCUUCCUCCCCCUCCAGUGGAUUCCCUCUGUCUGCGAUGGGCCCCUCCGAAACACAAGCAAGCCAAGAUUUCCAAGAAGUGAAGGAGAAACUGAUCUAAGCAACGGAAGCAGCUCGGCUUCAAUACACAUCCACCCUUCGUUUUAAGAGAUUGUCUGAGGCAUUCUUGUUGGUAUUGUAUUGAUCAGACAUGUCUUGGAACAGAUGUUUUCAGGGUGGCAGGGAGAGAAGGGGUGUUAGCAGUGUGACGCCAACUUUACUGUGCUCCACUAGAGUGAAGACUUCCCACUUCCUCCCCCACCCUCAUCUCACCUCCUGUCCCUUUCUGAUUCUGCAUGGCAAACUCCUUCCUUCUGGCGAAACCUGCUGUCUUGCUCUCGUAGGGUAGUAGAAUUGGUGGCUUCUGUCUUAACCGGAAGAGGAAGGGGAUACACACCUUCUCAUCUCUUGCUUGUCACUGGCCCUGGAACCUUAGUUUCUGAGCUGCUCUAGCACAAAACCUUGGACUGCCUCUACUUCCAUUGUCAGGCAGGUAGAGCAAAACAGGGGCAGUAAACACGCGUGAGGCAGUAUUUGGGAAGCAGUCAGUCAGCAAAAUUUCAGGUGGGGGGGAUUUGCUUUUAGCUAUGACCGUUUGGAAAAAGAAAACUUGAUUGUAGUUGCAAUUUAGUUUUCCACAGUCAAAUUGCAAUUUAGAUCCAUCACAGUCAAGAGUUUUGAGAGUGGCACGCCAAAGGGGGGCAUUGUCAGAAUUGUGCACAGAAGCGCUUCAUGAUCCCCUCAGCAGAUGAGAGCACGACUGUGCAGAGUUGGGUUUGAGGCUGAAUUUAAAAGCAUGGAUUUCCAAGAAACACAGCAGCUGAGAAGUCACUGUGCCACACCUGCCCCUGAGAAUAUCCCUGGCAGCUGUAGCGUAGUAGCUAACAGGGUAUCUGUCCUUUUGGGUUGACCUAGUUGAUUUUGACGUUCUGCGGAGACCCUACAUCAAAAGGGAUGGCUCUCAAUGCAAAUAUGAUGGGGUGGGGGCUGUUACUUGCCACGGGGUUGUUGUCUUAGCCCAGGGGAAUGUACAACCUCCAAACUGGUGGAAACCGAACAGUGGGAUAUUGUGGGUUAGUUGGUUCUGACAAGUUGCCCUACCAUUGUAUGAGCUACCUUUGCCAGAAAUAAAAUGAGAAGGAAUUUUCUCAGAAGAAUCGACAUUCUCUUGGACAAAGCGCAGUAGAAGUAAUGGAACCGAAGAGGGAGGCUGCCGCUGUUCUUCACAUCACCUUUCACCAAUAUGCUUGCACCCCUUCUACACUGGGACUAGUUCAAAAGGAAGUUGGUUUCAGUGGGGUGGGGCUGCAUUUGAUAUUACGGGAGAAACUGUCCACAUGAUGGUUCUGCUACAGAUAUUAUAUUCAUAAUCCAUGUAUGCAGUGUGUUUUCUUUUACUUUUCAAAAAUAUUUUAAUUAAUAAAACAACAAAACAAAGUAUCUUUCUA